GCUUACGCCUUUCGCAGAAAAACAUUACGUCCCUUGUAUUGUCAAACUAGGGGUUUGAAUGUAAGUGCAUAUUACUCCUUGAGAAACUAAAAGCCGCUGGCAGGAUGAAGGUGGUCAAUUUAAAGCAAGCCAUUCUGCAGGCGUGGAAGGAACGCUGGAGUGACUACCAGUGGGCUAUCAACAUUAAGAAAAACUUCCCAAAGGGAGCAACAUGGGAUUACCUUAACCUUGCAGAGGCCUUGAUGGAGCAGGCGAUGAUUGGUCCCUCUCCCAAUCCACUCAUAUUGUCUUACCUAAAAUAUGCUAUAAGUUCACAGAUGGUUUCUUAUUCCAGUGUGCUCACAGCUUUAACUAAGUUUGAUGACUUUUCCCGCGAGCUGUGUGUCAAGUCAUUGUUGGAGAUUAUGGACAUGUUCUGCCAUCGUCUCAGCUGUCAUGGGAAAGCAGAGGAAUGCAUCGGGUUGUGCCGGGCUCUGCUGGGAGUGGUGGUGUGGCUACUGCAGGGCUGUGCGUGGUACUGUGAGAAGCUGAGAGAAAUGGGUCCGUCGGCCAGCACGGAGGCCAGUCUCAGGGCCUGCCAGGAGAGGCUGCACACGCUGAUGGGCAGCACCAAGAACAGAGCUCUGGUACACAUUGCACGGCUGGAGGACCAAGGUUCCUGGAGCAACGUCGAGCAAGCAGUGCUUAAAGUGACAGAUGGCCUUGGCAGCGUACCAAACCAGACGCUGAGCACCAAAUUAGAGGAGAGCUUGUCACUUGUGAAAAGUAUUCCUCUGAUGUUGUCUGUACAGUGUGACCCUCUACUACAUGCGUCCUUCCCAUCAGUCCACGCUUUCAUCAUGCUGGAAGGAACCAUGAAUUUGACAGGGGAGACGCAGCCACUGGUGGAGCAGCUAAUGAUGAUCAAGCGAAUGCAGCGAAUUCCUGCUCCACUUUUUGUCCUGGAGAUAUGGAAGGCUUGUUUCACUGGCCUCAUUGAGUCACCAGAGGGCACAGAGGAGCUUAAAUGGACUGCCUUCACUUUCCUCAAAAUACCGCAAGUUUUACUGCGACUUAAGAAAUAUCCUCAGGGUGACAAAGGACAGGAUUUUAUGGAGGAUGUGAAUAUUGCAUUUCAGUACUUGCUUAAGCUCACACCAUUGCUGGACAAAGCAGAUCAGAGAUGCAAUUGUGACUGCCUCGGGAUGCUCCUACAGGAGUGUAAUAAACUUGGUCUGCUGUCGGAAACAAACACAGCCAGCCUCACGUCAAAACGGACCGAGGACAGGGAGUUUGCCCCAAGGCUAAAGACAGCAGAAAACGCUAACAUCCAGCCUAACCCGGGUCUCAUCCUAAGAGCUGAGCCCACCGUCACCAAUAUACUUAAGACAGUAGACGCAGAUCACUCUAAAUCCCCUGAGGGUCUUCUCGGGGUCCUUGGCCACAUGUUGUCAGGGAAGAGUCUGGAUCUGCUCCUGGCUGCAGCAGCUGCCACGGGGAAACUCAAGUCCUUUGCCCGGAAGUUCAUUAAGCUCAAUGAGUUUCCCAAGCACAUCAGCGGUGAAGGAUCCAAGUCUGCGUCAGUACGGGCCCUGCUCUUUGACAUCUCCUUCCUCAUGCUCUGCCAUGUGGUGCAGACGUACGGUUCUGGGGUGAUCUUGUCAGACCCCAGUCCUUCAGGGGAGACGCCCUUCUUUGAAACGUGGCUGCAGACAUGUAUGCCCGAAGAAGGCAAGACUCUAAACCCUGACCACCCUUGCUUCAGACCAGAGCCUGGCAAAGUGGAGAGCCUGGUGACCCUGCUGAAUAACUCCUCAGAGAUGAAACUAGUUCAGGUGAAAUGGCAUGAAAUUUGCCUCAGCACUCCGGCAGCUAUCUUGGAAGUCCUGAACGCGUGGGAAAAUGGCGUGCUUUCUGUGGAGGCAGUGCAGAAGAUCACUGACAACAUCAAGGGAAAGGUGUGCAGUAUGGCCAUUUGUGCAGUGGCGUGGCUGGUGGCCCACGUUAGGAUGCUGGGAAGGGAUGAGAGGGAGAAGCCCCAGACCAUGAUCCGACAACUCGUCACCCCACUGUAUGGAGAGAACACGUUACAGUUUUACAAUGAACGCGUGAUCAUUAUGAGUUCCAUCAUGGAGCACAUGUGUGCUGACGUCUUUCAACAAACUGCUGCAACUCUGCGCCCCCCGAUGGAAGGCCAGGAGCCCAUCCCGUACCGCAACCUGCUGCCUGCCAAAGAGCCCAUACACACGGCGCUUAGUCAGCAGUUCCAGUCGGUGCUGCGCAAAGGCUGGGUGGACAGCCGAGCUCUGCAUCUGUUUGAGAGCCUUCUCAACAUGGGAGGGGUCUUCUGGUUCACUAACAACUUGGUCAAGGAGCUGCUGAAAGAGACACGGCAGGAGUGGGCCAACCGGGUGGUAGAGUUACUCUACAGCAUCUUCUGCUUGGACACUCAACAGAUCACCCUCACACUGCUGGGUACCAUAUUGCCCAACCUGCUCACAGACUCCGCCCAUUGGCACAGCCUGGCAGACCCACCUGGAAAGGCCCUGGCCAAGUUGGCCGUAUGGUGUGCGCUCAGCUCUUACUCAUCUCACCACAAAGGCUCGUUUUCAGCUCGUCAGCGGAAAAGGCAGAGAGAGGAUAUUGAGGACUACAACAGCCUCUUUCCCUUGGAUGACACUCAGCCGUCUAAACUCAUGCGACUGCUCAGCUCCAACGAGGAUGAGCCUGUAGCCCUUUCCACUCCAGGAGACAGAUCUAUGAGCAGUUCCCUCUCUGCUUCCCAGCUCCACGCCGUCAACAUGAAGGAGCCACUCAACCGAGUCCUAGCCAAUCUCUUCCUCCUCAUUUCCUCUAUCUUGAGCUCCAAGAUGGCCGGCCCUCACACCCAGUUCGUUCAGAGCUUUUUGGAGGAGUGCGUCGACUGCCUGGAGCAGGGAAGCCGUGGGAACAUCCUGCAGUUCAUGCCCUUUACGAUGGUUUCUGAGCUGGUGAAGCUGCCUGCUCUGGCCAAACCUAAAGUGGUCCUGGCUAUCACUGACCUGACUCUGCCGCUGGGGAGAAGAGUCGCCGCCAAAGCCAUCUCCGCUCUAUAAAUCCUGGGUGUAAAUUUACCUCUGCACAAAACUGUUGCUGGGUUGCUGUGCAACACGUAGGUUAAAACGAUAAAAAAAAAAAAAAGACCCGUUUACACCCAUGACUCUGUAAAGACUGUUUUGCUGUUGUUUUUUAUAUGCACCUUUUCAUACUUAAAGAAUUAUGUAAACCUCUUGAAAUAAAAUUCUAAAUCAGCAA